AUGAAACCGAUUCAACCACCACCACCACAAUCCCCCUCCCCCACCAAUCGUCACACCAGCAACAGCAGACAGCGUCGCCGCCCUGACCUAACCCUCCCUCUCCCUCAACGCGACCCUCAGCUCGCUGUUCCCCUCCCUCUCCCUCCCUCCAGCGGCUCAAACUCCUCAUCCUCCUCGUCAUACUCCGCCUCUGCAGCUCGUGCUCAACUCAGCUUCUCUGAACUCGACCGAAGUAACCGAAUCGGAAGCGGCAGCGGAGGCACCGUCUACAAAGUCGUCCACCGUCCGAGCAGCCGCCUCUACGCUCUCAAAGUCAUCUACGGCAACCACGAUGACUCCACUCGCAACCAGAUCUGCCGUGAGAUCGAGAUCCUCCGCGACGUUAACCACCCUAACGUCGUUAAAUGCCACGACAUGUUCGAUCACAACGGAGAGAUCCAGGUCCUUCUAGAGUUCAUGGACGGCGGUUCCUUAGAAGGGAUCCACAUAAACAACGAGGCGUAUCUAUCCGACGUGGCACGGCAGAUAUUAAACGGCAUCGCAUACUUACACAAAAGGAAAAUUGUGCACAGAGACAUUAAGCCCAGUAAUCUCUUAAUUAAUUCUCAAAAGAACGUUAAGAUAGCUGAUUUUGGGGUUAGCAGAAUACUAGCACAAACAAUGGAUCCUUGCAAUAGCUCAGUAGGAACAAUUGCUUACAUGAGCCCAGAAAGGAUAAAUACUGAUUUGAAUCAAGGAUUGUAUGAUGGGUAUGCAGGGGAUAUAUGGAGUUUAGGGGUUAGCAUUUUGGAGUUUUAUUUAGGGAGGUUUCCCUUUGGGGUAGGAAGACAAGGGGAUUGGGCGAGUUUAAUGUGUGCAAUUUGUAUGUCACAACCACCCCAAGCACCCGCGAAUGCGUCCAGGGAGUUUAGGAAUUUUAUUGCUUGUUGUCUGCAGAGGGAACCGGCCAGGAGGUGGACUGCGAAUCAGUUGUUGCAGCAUCCGUUUAUUGUGAGAAGAGGUGGAGGUGGAGAGGGUGGUGGUGGUAAUGGUACUCACAGUUUGAUGUUGCCGCCGCCUCCUAGGCCAAUUGCUUAG